UGCUGAAAUGGCCAAACCCCUUUACGUAGUCUCUAAAAACCAACCAUCAUUUGAAUGGUCUGCGGAAGCUGAGCAGGCAUUCCAACAGAUAAAGAGAGCCCUCCUAUCGGCCCCAGUUCUAGGACUGCCCGAUAUCUCUAAGCCUUUCCACUUAUAUGUGGACGAACAUAAAGGCAUAGCCAAGGCAGUGCUAACCCAGCAUCUAGGUCCAUGGCCCAGACCAGUGGCCCAUCUCUCAAAAAAACUGGACCCUGUAGCCGCAGGAUGGCCCCCUUGUCUCCGGAUAAUAGCGGAUACAGCCCUAAUGGAUAAAGACGCCGAUAAGCUAUCCCUGGGCCAAGAGUUACAUGUCACCACACCCCACGCCAUCGAAGGAGUGCUCAAGCAGCCCCCCGAUAUGUUGAUGAGCAAUGCCCGGAUGGUCCACUAUCAGGGACUCCUGUUAAAUCCCUUGCGGAUCACAUACACCUCUCCUCGAACUCUAAACCCGGCCUCGCUGCUACCCGACCCUGACCUGGACUCCCCUCUCCAUGACUGUGCCGACAUCCUAGCACAGAUCCAUGGAAUAAGGGAAGAUCUACAGGACCGGCCUUUACCUGAUGCUGAGGUCACCUGGUUCACGGACGGAAGCAGUUUCGUCCAUCAAGGACAGAGGUAUGCGGGGGCAGCAGUGACAUCCGAGACUGAAGUAAUAUGGGCAGAGGCUCUGCCCCCAUGAACUUCUGCCCAAAGGGCAGAACUGAUUGCCUUGACACAAGCACUAAAAAUGGGGCGGGACCACAAAGUGACUGUAUAUACAGACAGCCGGUAUGCCUUUGCCACAGCCCAUAUACAUGGGGCAAUAUACCGUGAGAGGGGACUACUCACUGCUGAAGGCAAAGAUAUCAAAAAUAGAGAUGAAAUUCUGGCCCUAUUGGUCGCUAUUUGGGCCCCUAAGAAACUGACCAUAGUACAUUGCCCGGGUCACCAAAAAAUAACUGAUCCAAUCUCUCGAGGAAAUAACCUAGCUGACCAAACUGCAUGCCAGGAAGCGCAAAAACCCAUCCCAGUAUUACCUGCGCAGCUACCAGACCCAGGGCCCCGAGAUUCACCCCCACAGCCUGAAUACUCAGAAGAUGAUCUUAUCUGGAUGCGCAAGCUCCCAAUGACCCGAGUUACAGAUGGAUGGUGGAGGGACUCCAGAGACCACCUUAUCCUUCCCAAAAAAUUGGGCCACGCAAUCCUGACAAAAAUACACCACUCUACCCACUUGGGGCCCCGAAGACUUCAAGAUCUCAUCAGACAAUCCAAACUGGUAUUAAGAAACAUCUCUGACCAGACAGAAAGGGUUGUGACAACCUGUUCUGCAUGUCGACUCCAGAAUGCACACCCACACGCUACAGCCCAAGGCCACCGUGAAAGAGGAACCCUACCAGGAUCCCACUGGGAAGUGGACUUCACCAAGGUAAAGCCCGGCAAAUACGGCUAUAAAUACUUACUAGUGUUCAUAGACACCUUUUCAGGAUGGACUGAAGCCUUCCCAACCAAGAAGGAAACGGCGCAGAUUGUAGCCAAAAAGAUCCUAGAAGAAAUCCUGCCCAGGGCCCUACAGUGAGUUCAUGAGGCCGUGUGGCCUAAACUAAGAGAACUGUAUGAGACAGGGCCCCCAUCCACACCUCAUCAGUACCGCCUGGGAGACUGGGUCCUGGUCAAGCGACACCGACAAGAAAACCUCGAACCCAGAUGGAAAGGACCUUACCAGAUCAUCCUGACAACUCCCACCGCCAUCAAGGUAGAUAACAUCCCUACCUGGAUUCACCACACCCAUGUUAAACCUGCCAACCCGCUGUCCAACCUCGUAGGACACACUGACAAAAAAACUGCUUGGACUGUAGACUGGAGUAAGAACAAACCCCCUCAAACUAACCUUGCACUGUACUCUCCCUAAACAUGAUCAAGAUAAUGAUCAUUAUCCUGCUAGCCCUAAACUUCAAACCCCUGAAGGGGGGACUGAAUGCCCCCGUUGAUAAACAGGCAUUGCUACAAGCCCUAUAUGGAAGGCCCUGUGAUUGCAAAGGUGGCAUAGUUACCACCAUUGCUCUGCCACAUAGUAAAAGGAUAGUAGCUGGCUCCGUAGGACGAGGGGGUCUACAACGGCAUUACACCCAAACCCAAGAUUGUGGGACCACAAUCGCUUACCUCACCCAGACUUAUGGCAGCACAGGAUUCGAAAAGCAGCAAUGGUUAUGUGUUAACAAACACGAGCCCCUACCCCCCAUGACAGAAUGCCCUUGCAAAACUUUCCAGGAGUCGAUACACAGUUCUUGUUAUGACUCCUAUCAGCAAUGUAUAGGGCCAGAUAAUGCUACUACCUACUUUACGGCCAUCCUACAAAGUACCAGAGCAGCCAUAGCCAGUGAUGACAAUAAGCAAAUCCUGGCUGGCUGCCGUGGCUCAGUCGGAGCCGCCGUCUGCUGGAACCCUCGAGCCCCCAUACAUGUGUCAGACGGUGGAGGGCCCCAAGACGCUGUUAGACAAAUUGAAAUGCAAAAGAAACUUAAAGACCUCAUGAAACAUAUGUAUCCACAGCUUAACUACCACCCCCUAGUUCUCCCUAGGCACAGCCCUUACGAGUUAGACCCUCAGACAAGGUCUAUCCUAGAAACCACCUUCUCACUCUUAAACACCUCUAACCCAAUUUUAGCCCAAGAUUGCUGGCUGUGCCUACCCCAACAAGCUCCCCGACCCAUCGCCAUCCCCACCAUAGUUAAUAUUAGCAUAACCAAUGACUGCUUCCCCUCUUCCCUACCUGAACCCUUCCCCGUUCAGUUCAUUAGUCCGUUCAACGCAUCUUGCUUCAUAAGUAACCUUACCUCUCAGAACAACAGCAUAGAUGUAGGAAUCAUGUCCCUUGCCCAAUGCCACCAGUACAUCACUAUCAGCUCCUCCCUAUGCAGUACUAACACCACUGUAUUUGUCUGCGGGAAUAACCUAGCCUACACCUACCUCCCCCAUAAUUGGACUGGAAUAUAUGUCCUGGCCACUCUGUUACCAGAUAUUGACCUGGUUGCAGGGAAGACCCCCAUGCCCAUCCCUAGUCUGGACUUUGUAACUGGCAGAUCCAAGUGAGCUGUGGCUGUAAUCCCCCUCCUAGCGGGUCUAGGAAUUACAGGUGCAGUAACUACUGGGACAGCAGGGUUAGGAGUCUCUAUACACUCCUAUCUGCGACUCUCCUGUCAACUAAUUGAUGAUGUCCAAGCCUUGUCAAGGACAAUCCAAGAUCUGCAAGACCAGCUAGAUUCCCUAGCAGAAGUAGUGUUACAAAAUAGAAGGGGUUUAGACAUACUAACCGCAGAACAAGGUGGCAUCUGUUUAGCCCUACAAGAAAAAUGUUGUUUCUAUGCCAACAAAUCAGGAAUAGUUCGGACCAAAAUUAAACAGCUCCGGGAGGACCUCGCGCGCUGACAAAAAGAACUAGCCGAAAACCCACUUUGGUCAGGGCUCCAUGGGUUUCUUCCCUACCUCCUUCCCCUUUUAGGUCCCCUACUAUGCCUCCUUCUCCUUUUUACCGUCGGCCCCAUUAUAAUUAACAAAAUAAUGAAUUUUGUCAGAGAUAGACUAAACACCAUUCAGGUUAUGGUCCUUAGGCCGCAGUAUCAGCCCCUGGACACGGAAAACGAGCUUGAUUAGCUAACACUGUAGGACCCAAGAUUGGCUCCUCGGGUACUUGAAAAAGGGGGGAAUGAGAAGCCUAAGAAAAUUGAAACUUAAUCAGCUUGUUCUGCUUCUGUACAAUGCUUGAAUUACGGGAAACUGAAACCUAACCAGCUUGUUCUGCUUCUGUACAAUUGCUUGGCGCGCCCGCCAACUCCUGCCCAAUCGGUGCAUUACCCGCACCCCCCAGCUUAAUGUCAACCAAUCAACUCCCCCGCUGACUGGAAAUCCCCCAAACUGUUUACCUCGGCCUAUAAAAAGCCUGCGCAAACUCCCCUCGGGACCUCGGAGCAUCACUGUUCGUGAAUGUCCAGGUUGGAACCUGAAAUAAAUGGCCCUUGCCGCUUGGCUUUGA